GACGUCAUCACAAACCUCGCCAGCGCUUCUACCGUUUCGGCUAACACUGUCAAUAGAAGAGUUGACGAAUCCGAGCGAAGUGGCCGAAAUGCAUCCAACGCAUCGAGAUCGUCUUACCAACCCCCAAUGCUACUCGGAGAAAGACGACUACGUCACGAGGUUGCGACUACAUCGAGACUACGCUCCCGAAACAAUUUCAACGACUACACCGCGAGUAACGUUACUUCAAACAUUUGAUGAAGCGGUGGAUGACGGUUGCCAUACAAAUCAAGGCACGACUUCUUGA